AUUUACAAAACCUCCAGUGUUACUAUUUUCUUUGGAUGGAUUCCGAGCAGAAUAUUUGCAAACUUGGGGAAAACUUCUUCCUGUUAUUAGCAAAUUAAGAAAAUGUGGGACAUAUACUCGCAGCCUAAGGCCAGUAUAUCCAUCAAAAACAUUUCCUAAUCAUUACAGCAUUGCUACGGGUCUGUAUCCAGAAUCCCAUGGUUUAGUGGAUAACAAAAUGUAUGAUCCAGAGAGAAAUGCUACUUUCACACUCAAAAAUGCUGAGAAGUUUAAUCCAGAGUGGUAUAAGAUUUGGCUGACUGCAAUGUAUCAGGGAUUAAAAUCUGCUUCGUUUUUCUGGCCUGGUUCAGAUGUUGAUGUCAAUGGAAGUUUUCCAAACUUUUACAAAUUAUACAAUAGAUCAAUACCAUUUGAAGAAAGAGUAAUCACAUUUCUUAGAUGGCUCCAAUUACCAGAAGAAGAAAGACCACACUUUUACACUCUGUAUUUAGAAGAACCAGAUUCCUCGGGACACAGCUAUGGGCCAAUCAGCAGUGAAGUCAUUCUUGCACUAGAGAGAGUAGACAAAGUGGUUGGGUUGUUGAUGGAUGGGCUUAAGCAAAUGAAGCUUCACAACUGCAUUAAUAUUAUUCUUAUUUCUGACCAUGGAAUGGAAGAAGCUAACUGCCAAAAAACAGUCUACCUGGAUGCAUAUUUGGGCAAUGUUAAAGACUUGUUUGUGGUACCUGGCCCUGCAGCUCGCUUAAGACCCCAAAAUUCUCCAGAUGAGUAUUUCUCUUGUAUGUUUAGAAACAUCAUUGUGUUGCUGAAUGAAUCAGCUUAUAGCCAGAUGGCACUCUUUAUUGGAUUUGGACCUGGAUUCAAGUUUCAAACAGAAGUUGAUCCAUUUGAAAAUAUUGAAAUCUACAAUUUAAUGUGUGAUCUUCUUGAUUUAACACCAGCCCCUAACAAUGGAACCCAUGGAAGCCUCAAUCACCUUCUGAAGACAGUCAAUUAUAUUCCCAAACAUCCCAAAGAAGAAAGCAGCCCUUCUUCAUGCCCUUCAGUGGGGCAAAGGACUUCCGGUGAUGGCCAUAGCUGCUCAUGUAAAUCUUUGGGCUUGCCACUGAUUCAGCCACAGGUAGAUCUUACUACUUCAGAAAUGAAGAAGAUAGAAAAAUACAACCUGCCAUUUGGGAGGCCUCGUGUACUCCAAAAGAAGCAGAAAUUUUGCCUCCUCCAUAAUCAUCGCUAUGUCAGUGGAUUUAGCCAGAACUUCAAGAUGCCUUUGUGGAGUAGCUAUUCUGUUAAUAAGCAUGACAGCUGGAACACCUCUGCAAGUGCCACCAAAGGCUGCUUCUACACGGAUCGUCGUAUUUCUUUAAACAGCAGUCAGAUUUGUUCAUUUUACAAAAAGCAACCUCAGCUUAACUAUGGAUUUCUUUUUCCUCCAAAUCUGAUUAAAGAAGAUAAGAAAAAUUAUUAUGAAGGACUUCUCUCAAGCAAUAUAGCACCAAUGUAUUCUGCUUUUCAAGUGAUCUGGGAAUAUUUUAAUGCUGUCCUACUGCCAUCAUAUGCUGCAGCCAGGAAUGGUGUAAAUGUGAUCACAGGUCCAAUAUUUGAUUACGACUACAGUGGCGUAUAUGAUACACCAGAAGCAAUAAGAAG